AUGAUAUCGAAAGCGGUCAACCUGGUCGCCCGAAAACUGGCUGGUAUGGAUUCAGAAACAGUUUCUCAUUUAUCACAAAUAUUAAGUGAAGAAGCGCUAGCAAUUUCUGACGAACUUCGAAACUCGGGUCAACCUGUUGAUUCAGAUAUUUUAGCAGCAAGAUUAGAAGGAAUCGCACUACGAAUGAAAUAUGAAUUUCUUAAUCAGGGUCACGAUCCAUCACCACAUGAAUUUCCAAUUUUCAAUGUUUCACACAAUCCAGAUGCACCUUAUCCUAAUCCAAUCAAUCAUCUAUAUGACAAGCGAUACAAAGAAGCUUAUUCAACUUUUAUUAAGCAAAGUCUACCAGCACCUUCUACAUCUAAAACAAGUGAGCCCUCAACACCAACAUCACCUGUUUCCGCGUUACCAGCGAAACCAACAACAAAUUCUCAGAGUGCUUCAAAUGCUGUGUAUCAGCAAGGUCAAUAUCAACGACAAUUAAGUCAACAGGCACGUCAGCCUGCUUAUGCCCCACCGGCUUCUCCUCAAGCAUCAACUGGAGGUUGGCAGUAUAUGAAUCCAUAUGCAACAAUGCCUCGUUCACAUGCUGCUUAUUAUCAACAACAACAACAACAGCAGCAACCUUCGAAUGUAAUGCAACCAACUCAACAGCAAUCAUACGAUAAAUUUACUCCUUCAAUACGUCGUUCAUCAACUGCUGACGAUUUACGUCCACGUUCGUUGUCACGUUCAGCAAGUAGCAAUGAUUUAAAUUAUGCAACAGAUACUGAUCCAUACAAAAAUUCGUUUUCCAAUAAUCAUUAUAAUACCAAGAGAUCAAUAUUAAAAUCAACUAACGAUGAUAACAAUAAAGAAGUAAUAACAACACGAAGAAUUUAUACAGCACCCAGUACAGAAAUAGGCACAGAAACAAUGGAAGAUUUAUUCAAAGUUGCCAAAAAACAACAAUCGAAUCCGGCAGAAAUAGCAUCACAGCCAAUGACAGAACGUAUCAUUAUUAUUGACCGACGUGGAGCAAAUACAGCAGAAAAUGAUGCAAAUUUAUCUGGACAAGAUCGAGUUCGUACGUUUGAAAUCCGUACAUCAACUAAUGAUAUAGUACCCUCAGCGGCACCAGUUAUUCCUAUUCCAACUCCAACUCCAACGCCAACUGCUACUAUACCUUCAAGUGCAUAUGCAGUACAACCGCCCAACUAUUAUCCAGGUCAACAACUAUAUUAUCAGCAACCUAAUGCCUAUAUGUCCGUACCAACUAAUAUGUAUUCCAACACCACGCCAUACGUCCAUCGUCCUAAUAGUUACUAUCCAUAUGCGUACUACCGCUAUUAA